UCUCUUGCUCUCUUGCCUCUCCUUCUCGCUCGCUCUCCUGCCUGUCCUUGGCUGAGCUGCCUCACACCGCUCGCCUGCCCGUCAGCACAUCCAGGAGGCCGCUUCACCCUGUGGAUGCGUUCGACUGCGUCGUGGUCCCCGGGACAGAACGCAGGGACCGCGUAGAAGAGCGAUGCUCACCAGCCACGUCCUCUAAGCGCAGCUGCGGCAUGCCUGCAAUUUAAGUAGCCGCUGCCAUGUCUGCCUCACAGCCCGGGGAGAUGGAGAAUGUGUUUGAUCUGAACGAAGCCAUCCCAGAGACAGAGUUACUCGACAGCAGUCUGCAGAAGGCCCGUGCUCAGCUGUCCGUCAAAGCCAGGAGGCACCGCCCCUCGCGCUCGCGGUUCCGUGACAGCGUGAGCUCCACUGAGGGAGACGAGAGCCUGGAGAGGAAGUCUUUGGACGGCCAUGGCAGCCCCAUGCACAACAUGCGGUCUCCUCUCCAUUCGGUCAUCCACGGUCCGUCUGUCUCGCCUGACUCCCUGCUCUCCUCUUCGCCCGUGCUCCGGAGCCCGGCCUUCACCUUCGACACCUCCAUGGUGCGCCGCAGCCUGGAGGAAGGCGAGGUCGCCCUGCCCGCCCCCCGGGGGCGCUAUAAGCAGCUCACCAACACGCCGUCACAGGAGGCCCUGUGCCUCACUCCUACGGGCUCACCUUCCAAGUCCUGCCCCAGCUCGGACAGCUCGCCCGUCUACAUCCGCCGGGAGCAGCACGCCGAGAGCGAAGAUGAUGGUCUGGACAGUAGCCCUGCGGAGCCAGGCAGUCCCACAGUGAUCUUGGACAAAAAAACCAAGAGGAGAUUCUUGGAUCUGGGGGUUACACUGCGACGUUCCUAUGGAAAAGUUAAGAAGGAGAAGUCUAACAGGCUGUCAGUGGGAAGCAGGGAGCCCUCUGAAAGUCCAUCCAGGUCCUCUGGCCCCCCCUUCGUGCCUUUCUCCUGGUUCACUGAGAACAUCAGGGGCUCUGCGUCCUCCCCCAAGGCCAGCUCACCAAGCUGCAGGUCCGCUUCCCAGGAGUCCACCCUGAGUGAUGAAUUCUGUCCUCGGAGCCCCCGUGUGUCCAGUGGGUCUGGGGCAGAAUCUAAGUCCUCACACCCAUACCAGACCCUCUCCCAGUCCUCGGAUGAGCUGCUGGAUGAACCACUGUGCCUGGUAUCAGCUUGGAGCACGCAGCAGGUGUGCCAGUGGCUGAAAGGGUUAAACAUGGAGCAAUAUAUUCCAGAAUUCACUGCCAAGGACAUUGAUGGAGAGCAGCUGCUACAGAUGGACAGCUGCAAACUUAAAGGCCUUGGCGUGAUCAGCUCAUCGGACCGCAGUGCGCUGAAGCGCCGCCUCAAGGAUAUACACGCCGCAGCCGAGAAGGAGCGCAAGGCCUUGGAAAAGCUGGAGAAACAGAAGGAGAAGCAGCGGAAGAAGGAUCAGGAACAGCGCAAGAGCUAGUAGCCACCAGGGGGCAGUGUGAGCACACUCACGCUCUCUCUGACACGUACGAGAAUGAGGAUGCGGAGAGUCCAAAAAAUAUUUUGACAAACAAAAAAAGCUACUCAUAUCUGGCUCAAAAUGUACUUGGAAAACAUUUUUCAAUGCCUCAUUCAGAAAACCCAGUAAGUUAUCGCAUAAGCACAACACAGCCAAGAUGUUCAAAAUAUGUGUUUAUUAUAGUGUUUUACUCUUAAAAUCAAUUAGCUAAUUACCCAGAAGCAGUUCAGAUUGAAAAUCAAGCUUUUUUUACGACCUGUAAAAAUAACUUGUGAGACAAAUUAUGUGAACCAAAUCCCCUAAAAUCCAUUUUGUAAGAUGGGAGGCCCCACUUGAAUACAGACCAUGAAGACAAAUCCUGCAGAAACAAGGCACCCUGAAAGAUGGAAAGAUGGUCUAACCCAAGAGGUUGUUCCUUCACGUUUCCUGGACUGGUCACAGACCUCUUUUGUUGCAACUGCACUUGUGUUGUUGUUUUGACCUGUUGUUGUGGCUGUCUUUUCGUUCCACUUAUAUAAAUGCAUUAAAUUGUUGUAAACAAAA